GAUUCACUGUGAGCCAUUGUACACUAAACUUCCAGCUUCCACUCUCCCUCCCAUCCGCCCUCUCCCCCUCUCUCCUUCACUGCCAUCAAAAAGGUCUGAACUGUGCAAAACCACUGGGCUACAUUAAAGUCUGCUGCUUCGCAUUUCCCUCUAAUCUUUCAAGUGAAAAUAAGGUGGGUGGCCAGAUCUGCGUACAAAGCACCAAAUUAGGCCUCAGCAAGACAAUACAACAUGGAAUCCAGAUGUAUUACGCCGAUGCUGCUAUUGGUACUGCUGGGAUUAUUGGUAUCUAGUUCAGAAACAAAUUCAGGAAUUCCUGGGAUACCUGGAUCUCAUGGAGUACCAGGAACGCCUGGCAGAGAUGGCAGAGAUGGUCCAAAAGGAGCAAAAGGAGAACCAGGGCUCACAGGUUCGGUCAAUGCUCGUGGUGAAUAUGGUGAGAAAGGUAACCAAGGAAUGCCGGGCCCAAUCGGGAAAAGAGGACGGAGAGGACCAGAUGGUGACAAUGGAGAUCCUGGUACAAUUGGAGAGAAAGGGGAGAAGGGAAGAUCAGGAGAUCAUAAGAGCACAUUGAAAUCGGCCUUUUCCGCUAAAAGGGGUGGGCAUGAAUACCCACCUCGAGAAUCUCCCAUCAGGUUCACUAGAAUCAUCUCCAAUGACCAAGGCCACUAUGACAGCAGCACGGGUGUGUUCACCUGCAACAUAACAGGCCAUUAUUACUUUGUGUUCCAUGCUAGUUCUGAUAAUGACUUGUGCAUGAUGAUGAAGAUGAAUGGAUUACAUAAAGCAGCCUUCUGCAGUCAUGGGGACUUUGAACAGGUCAGUUCAGGAGGCAUUGUCCUUCACUUGUUGACCAAUGACAAGGUCUGGCUUGAAGCAACAGAUUACAAUGCCUUGAUAGGGAAAGAAGACCAUGACAGUGUCUUCAGUGGGUUCCUUCUCUUUCCAGACUAAGAAUUCAAAGACUGAAGUGAAAUCUUUGACCAAAUGCUCUGUUGAAAAUUAUGUGGUUGUCUUUGCCACAUAAAACAGUCUAUUAAAACUGACCUUUCUUCUCUCGCUUGUGCCUUGUCAUUUGACGUGCCACAAAUGAGUGUAUCAGGCGAACUAACUGUGCUUUGGAGCCAUAUGUUUCCUGCAAAAGUACAGAUUAGUACUGAUUCAAUAUUUCAUUGUAAGACACAGAUAUGCCACUGGGUGUUGUAGACAUGCAGGCAUUUCUUCCUUACCCUCAUUAAAUAAGGCAUAAUUAAUCACUAACAUGACAAAACCAGAAAACGUUCAGCCACUUUCAGGCAGCCUCAGCCCAUAUAGGCAUCUCUGUCCUUUGUACAGCAGGAGCAGAAGCUACUAUGUCUACUCUUAUUGCAGUGAUUUUUUUUCAGGCCCCAUAUUUUCCUGGAAUCAAAUGAUGAGGGGUGAUUGAUAAGUUUGUGGCCUAAGGUAGAAGGAGAUGAGUUAUAUAGCUCUUGUUACAUGCAUGUGCAGGACAACUCAUUCAGUGAUUAAGCAGAAACUUUGAAGUUAUUAACUCCUCCUUCUACCUUAGGCCACAAACUUAUCAAUCACCCCUGUUGUGGACACUUUCUGGAGGUCCAGAUCUGUAUGCUCCAUGACCGCUGGACUAAGUGUGUAAAUGUAGGAGGGAACUAUGUUGAAAAAUAAAUGUGUUAGGUUCUCUAAAAUUGACCUUUCUACCUUAGGCCAUGAACUUAUCAAUUACCCCUCGUACAUCACUCAAAAAUAUUAAUAAUCUCUCUUUGUUAUCCUCCAGCAUAAAAAAAAUUUUGAAAUAUUAUAUCAUACACCAUAUAAAAUCUUUUGUUAUGUAAAAUCUUACUUAUUUCAAUACUUAAGUUUGAAGGGUCAAAGUAUGUCUGACAGUCUAGUUCUCACAAAAAGGUGUUAUCUCUCUUACUGUAGUUACAAUGCUUAGUACCAAAAUCUCUUUCUGCGUAUGCAAUGUGCAAAAAGGCAAUAAUAAACUAUUGGAACAAAUGUCCAAUUAAAAAGUUCUUCAACUGAAAAUUUUGUUCAUUGCC